ACCCUGAACCGAAACCAAGUUUACUGAAGGUCCCCGCACAGCAGGAGUGGGAGCCUCCGCUGCCCAGGGGCCUCCAGGUAACCACGCGCCAGGGAAACAUGACAGAGGCCGGAAAGCUGCCCCCGCCGUUGCCCCCACGGCUGGACUGGUUCGUGCAGACGCAGGCGGGCCAGCUGGCCCGCGGAGGGGUCCCCGCGUGGUUCCACGGGGCCAUCUCGAGAGAGGACGCCGAGAAUUUGCUGGAGUUGCAGCCAUGGGGAUCUUUUCUCAUCAGGGUCAGUCACAGCCACGUGGGCUACACGCUGUCCUACAAAGCCCAAAGCUGCUGCUGCCACUUCAUGGUGAAGCUCUUGGAUGAUGGGAGCGUCAUGAUCCCCGGGGAGGAGAGGGUCCACGCCUCGCUGGAUGCCCUGGUCACCUUCCACCGGCAGCAGCCUGUGCGGCCACACGGGGACCUGCUGACACAGCCUUGUGGGCAGAAGGAUCCAGAGAAUGUGGAUUACGAGGACCUCUUCCUUUACUCCAAUGCAUUGACUGAGGAAGUCGCCAGCCCUGCCCAUGGCCCCAGCGAAUGUCGGAGUCUUUCCUUCUAUCCCACGGCCACACCUGAGGAGGCCCCGGGAAGGCCCAGCCUGCUGCGUCGGCCCAAGGAAAGGAAGCCCCGGGCAGAGAUACGCAGAGCCUCCACCGUGGAAGCCACUUCCUCGCGCGCCCCCAACGCCCCCCUGGAGGUGGCCUGCCGGAAACUCUGCAGAAGCUUCAAGAUGCUCCCCGAGUCGGGCAAGAGGCUCCAGCAGCAGCUGAAGCCCCACAUGUCACCUGUGACUCUGUCAUCGCUCUGGGAUGUUGGGCCGCCAGCAGGGGCACACAGCCCAGGGGCCAGGCCAGGGGACACAGGCUGGGAAGAUGACGUCUCCACACACCGCUCUGUGGCCACGUCCCUUGCAAGUCCCCCACAGCCCCAGAGUCUGAGGGACAGAGAGGACCCCUCCUCCGGGAAGGCCUCGAGAGUGGCCAGCAGGAGCAAGGUUAACCCAAGGGUCAGGGCUUGGCACCAAGUGGUAAUGAGGGUCCUGUCUUCAAAAGCAAACAAACCAACCAAACCAGAGACAGAGGGCCUGGGAGAAGCCCAGAAGGACUGGCUCCCUGAGGAGUACCUCACGCCGCCACCCUUUGCCCCUGGGUACUGUUAGAGCCUUGCCCUGGCUCUGGGCCGCUUGCUGCCAGGGGCUGCUCGCACCGGACCCUGGCUGUCUGCCCACCAGCCCGCCGGAACCCGAGAAAUGUAAUAAAGACACUGCUUGGGGUCCUGCACUU